UCGGCCGUCGAAGCGCGCCGAGUUCGGACGUGUAAUCUGUUCUUCCUGAACGUCUUCGUAACGCAUCUCUCUCUCUCUCUCUCUUUCCCUCUCUCUCUUUUUCUGUCUCUCUUUUCCCUUGAUUUUACAAAUCAUUUACAUCUUACAUUUUUGUUUCAUCUUUUUUCCUUCGUCAAAACUCGUCGUCAAAACCCAAUCGACGCUAGUGAUCACGCUCGAUCGUUACAACUUUUGAUCACUUCCUUACCUCGAUAUUCGAUCAAAUCGAAAAAGUUCCACGUGCUCCGGACAAUAAUAAUCGAUCGAGAUCAUUUUUUUUUUUUUUAAUCUGAUUCCCCGUUCGAAUCUUCUCCUUUUCAUCUUUCUCUAUUAUUAUCUCUUUUUCGUUUCUUAUUAUUAUUAUAAUUAUUGUGAUUCUUCGCAUCAAAGUGCCAAUCAUGUUGUCCUGGGACUUUUUAACUAUCGCCAUGAUAACGAGCAUCAUCUUGGCUUACACCAAUGGAACCUCUAUAGAUUUCGAUUCUACCGAUUACGAUGCGCUUUCCGAAAAUGAAGGAAAAUCGUCGGACGAUAAAGAAUUAUCCGACGCACGCGAGGUUCGUUGUUAUUGUAAUCAACCGGAUUGUGUGCCACAAGGAUAUAUGUGUCGUGGUAGAGGUUGUUUCACCGAAUUACCCUCGAACGUUGGUUCAUCCUUAUCAAGGACGGAACAUAAUGCUUACAGCGGUUGCCUCGACAAGAGUUUCAAAGAACGACAAUGUCCUGCGGGAUUCAUUUGUUGCGAGCAGGAUCUCUGCAAUCACGUAGACAGUCCUGCGAUGAGAAACAGACUCAACAAGACUCUUCAAGUAUUAGUGAACGAGCAACGUACGUAUCUAGGACCCGUACAACCAACUGGACACGGAAGUCAAUCGUCGGAUAGCUGGUUCAAAACCGCGACGAUAGCCGUUCCAAUAUGUGGCUUGAUCGCUCUCUUGGUCUUGGCUAGUCUUGCGAUCAGAUUGCUUCAGCCGGUACCUCUGCAAGGCGACAAACUCGGAGGUCAUAGAACGGCGGAUAACGGGCCGCCAUUACUGGGACCAGCAAAAGUGCCUCUCGUUUAAAUAAGAAAUUAAUUAAUGAACUUGCGAUCCAAAGACACUCCUUUAUAAAUCGCGUCCUAGCGAAUAAUUAAUUAAGACUACAUACGUAAGAAGCUAGCGAGCUGUCCUGGCUCUACUUGGCUGUGAAUCCUUCGAGGGAAGCGUCUUUUUAAUUGUAAAUUAUGAUUGACCCGUUACUCGCGCACUUAUCGUCGCAUUUUUUAUAUGAAUACGCCCGACGGAGGCGAUUAUUUUAUAAAAUAGAUAAGAAUUGAGAGAGAGAGAGAGAGAGAAUGAGAAUGGCAACGUAUAAGUUACAUAUUGUAACGCACCUUUCUAGUAGCGUUAGACAACUUGUAAAUAGAUUUAUUUGUAUUUUACUUCGCUAUUGAUUAGCUAUCUUGAAUAUCUUAAUAAUCAUCGUGCAAGAGACAUAACGCAAGCUAAUACGAUCGAGAAUAUUUUGAAAAGCUCGAUCUUUCUCUAAGCAGAAAUCAAUAACAUCGCAGUGUACGACGAAAAAGCGAUGGCGUGUAAUGUUACGACUGUGCCUUGUUAUGUAAAAGAUAGAGAGAAAAUAUGACGUAAGGGAGAAAACAAAGAAUGAUUGCCGAAAAAACUACCCCACGAACAUACUGGCAUUUUUGCAACGUUCGAUCGUUGAUCGUGCAGCGCGUAUUUAUCGCACAUUUCUAAAUGUAUUCCAUAUAAACAUUUAUAUUGUGAUAGUAUGACUUAAUAUUAUUGUGUAAAGUUAUUCGACCUGUAUCGCGAGUUUACUUCGUGAUACAUACGACUCGCGAGGGAUAACUCGAUAUAAAAGAAUUUUAGGAAAAUAUAACGGAAGGUUUUUUCAAUA